AUGGCAUCAUUGAAUGUUCAUCUGCAGAAAUGUUUGAAAAAUCGACGUUCGACCAUCAACUGUCUGCCAAAGGGUGUAGAGGACAUAAAAACCUUCCCAUUUUCUCAAGAAAAGGCUGUCAAAGCAUGGACAUCUCUGGAGAAUCUUGACAGUCCAGGCAUCAAACCAGAGACCCCCAAAGCAGAGGACAGACCCGAACGGCAACAGGUCAUUAUUGUCAAUGUCGGAGGGAAGGUGUUCCACAUCCCCAAAAAAAGUGCUGCCAAGUAUCCUCAGACCAGGAUAGGUUCGCUGGCCCUGUGCAGUGACCGGGCAAAACUACUAACGCUGUGUGAUGACUACUCCGUACGCAAAAAUGAGUUCUUCUUCGAUAGGGAUCCGGCUUUCUUCCACCAUGUCUGUCACUUCUACACAAGUGGAGUUCUGUGGGUGAUACGGGAAAUGUGUCCCAUCAACUUCGAGGAGGAGAUUGCGUACUGGGGCCUGAAUCUCAAGGACACGCAACUCUGCUGCUGGAUGGUGUUCCAGGAAAAGGUCGAGGAUGUGAAAGAGAAUCUCAAGGUGGACAGGGAGCUAAUGGCUGAGAUUGAGGUGAAAUACGACAAUGAUCGUUUCAAUGAAAUGGUCUUUGGGGAGGUGAGGAAAACUCUGUGGAACCUCGUGGAAAAUCCUUACUCUUCAACUGCAGCCAAGGCUUUCACCGUUGUUUCCAAUAUGCUCGUGCUGUUUUCCAUCCUCGCAAUGACUCUCAACACUGUGGAGGAACUACACGUGUAUAAAUACAAAGGAAAAACGCACAUGGAGUGGGUGGAGAUCUUCACCAUUGUGUUCUUCACCUUUGAAUAUGUAGUUCGUUUCUUCACCACCCCGGACAUUGAAAUCUUCUUAAAGAGUGGACUCAAUUUCGUGGACAUGGUGGCUGUCAUGCCUUAUUUUUUCCAGAUUGUCUUUGAAGCCUUUUCUGAUCAGGAAAACAUGAGCGCACAAGAAGACCUCAGAACCAUGGCUCGUGUCAGCAAACUCAGCCAAGUCCUCAAAGUCAUCAAACUAAUGAGGAUCUUCAGGAUUUUGAAGCUUGCUCGGCACUCCACAGGCAUGAGAGCGUUUGGUUUCACCCUGCGGCAGUGUUACCAGCAGGCCUCUUGUAUUCUUCUUUUUAUUGCCAUGGGGAUCUUUACUUUCUCUGCUCUCCUUCAUUCAGCUGAGAGAGACACUGAGGGAACUCCUAUCAGCAGUAUCCCACAUGCCUGGUGGUGGGCUGCAGUAAGUAUCAGAAGUUGAUUCAAAGUUUCACGUAAGAUUUUUGCCCUUCACUUUGCUGCUAACUUUCUCUUAAUUACUCUUAUAUACAGCAUUAGGAAAAGAUUUAAAAUAGUAACCAAUACUACCGUUUGGCACAUGCGUAGAUAAUCGGCAAGUACCUGCCACUGAGCCUCUUUGGAGAAAGUUCCCUAUUGUUGGAUCAGUAGGUCAGUUAUAUUAAAAGAAACACUAUACACUAUAAUUUGUUGCAUUGGUUCCUAUUGUUCCUUGAGUUGAGUGUGGUUUUAAAUAGAGGAGUUUAAAUUCUGGAAAAUAAGGAAAUCUGGUUUAGUCUCUUACCCAGGUACAUACAAUGAGAUAUCCCCUUCAGCAUAGACUCUAUUAUGACGGUUCUUAAGACUAUCCUGCAAGAUUUGGUGAGCGUUGGAACAGUUUAAUACUGUGUUAAACUGACAAGGGUCUGAUCAAAAAUUGGAGCCACAUUCAAUGUACCAGAAAGCCACCACUCAGAACUCCCACCAAAGCAAGAAUUCCAACCCAAAACCCCUGGAGGUAAUGGUGCGUCCCAUUUACUGUGGAGGUAUGACGUCAAAGCUGGGAAUGACGCCACAUUUAAGCUAACAGAGUUUCACUUAAAGUUAGAAAAGUCAGUUGAGUGUUUGAAAGCAAUUCAGUCUUGUUCUGUGUAGUGAAAUCAAUUCAACUGUGAGUACCGUGCAAGUUCAAACUGUAGGCAUGAUGUUAUGUUGCUCUCAUGUGUUAACUUUCAUGUUGGGUGUUGUUAUUGUCUGGUUUUAACUAAUGACGCUGACAAACUCUGGAGUUAAUAGCAAAAUUUUAGGACUUGUAACAUGAAUGUGACAUCAUCUCCAGCUCUGAAAUGAUCUACCUGCUGAGUAAAUGUAACUCACCUUUAGCUCCUUAAGUCCACCAUGUUUGUGUACUCAGGGGUCGAGUUUGAAGGCAAGACAUUUUGAGAGAUUAGGUUGGUCUUAUGUCCAGAUUAUUAGAACCGUAGCCUCUGUGCGUAGAGUGCUGCUCUACUUACUCAACUUGACUGCCGCCGCACUGAUUUUCUGCGUCAGUCCAACAAAAUGUAGGUUUCAGAAUCUAAUGAUGCGUUCGAUUUACCUCGGAAGUCAGAAGUCAGAGCUGAAAAUGACGUCACAUCUGAGUUACCGGCGUUUCAUUUACAAAGUUGUUAAAAAGCAAAAUCAGAGAUGGAAACAAUAUGGCUACAUCUAUGGAAGUUAUUUUAGCUCGUGCCUUGUCCGAAUAUAAGGCAAGCGCUAAAAUAACUUUCGUAGAUGUAGCCAUCUUGUUUCAGGCCUCCGAUUUUGCUUUUUAACGACUUGGUAACUCGGAUGUGACGUCAUUUUCAGCUCCGACAUCUGACUUCCAAGGUAACUCGAACGCAGCAUAAGCCCUGGCCAGGCUGUGUGUUUAUCUACGUUUUUUGUUAAUGAGCUUCUUAAGAAAAAAAGGUAGCCAUUACCUGCUUGUAUCCAUAAAACUCUUGUCAAACACAUAACAAAUUACUGCCUGUCUCCUUAAGACAGGAGAAGGAAACAAAAAGCUAUUAUUUUGGCAUUGCCCCACUGAAACCUACCGCCUCACACCAGUUUCAGGCAUUAAAAAAUCAAAAUCAUCUGUUUUGAUGCUUUAAUGCCCUAUCAAAAUGCAUCAAUAUGAAUUCCAGUCUAUUUAAUUGAUGUACAAAAACUCCUUUGGCUUUAAAUGGCACUUACACCCCUGAGUGAUGAAGCGUUUUACACUUCUUUCUCACAUUGAGGAUGUGGUUGUGUGCCUAUCAAAUGAAACUGACAGUGGUAGUGAGUGGGUAGCCAGUCUGGAGCUCAUUUCACCAAAUUCAAACCUGCAGGCAGCAAACAACCUGAGACCCUUUGCUCUUCUGUUCAGUUGGUAGUUAAGUUUUAGGCUGGGUUUGUGGAUAUGAGAUCACUGACGGCUGAGAGACAGGCCUAAUGGCCUUGUUGCUGUACUUGUGGCUAAUUCCAUCUUACUUGGCAGCCUGCACGAUGGGAUGUAGGCUUUAAAGGAAGACUUGGCCGCCCUCCCACGCAUUAUACUCUCCACUGAAAGUUCCAGGGUGUUUGUGACACAGUGAGUCAUGCAAAAAGAAGAGUUAGAGUUAGAUGUGAGAAAAGAAUAGUUCCCUAUUCAUCUCUUCUCCAGGAUAUAAUGAUCUAAUGCCAAGAUUACAUAAACACUGAUUUACACAAGACGAAAAUGAAAUUUAUUACAAAACCCCUAAAAAACCCAUAAUGAUUAUUAAUCUAUGAAACAUUUUUUCAUGUAUCUAGGCUUUUGUCUUCAGUUUCAUACCAGAAACCUGUGGAUGUUACAGUUAUGAUCCAUGCAUUUUUACCAUGCAGGAAAAGUCCCUGUUAUAGAGAAAAUUAUGCACCACCAUCUGCAUCUGUAGACGUUUUAUUAUUAUUUUUUUAAUUUUCUAUUUUUUUGUGUGCAAACAGGACUUUACACCUGUUCAGACGGAAAUUUAUAUUUUGAUACCGAUAUUUGGAAGGUUUCUUAUCCCAAUAGUUGUUGUCACUGAAAGAAGAUUACAUAAGGAGCGUGUAAAUGUAGUCAUGUUUCUAAAUCGUAACAAGUUGCUUCACUGCAGAUAAAUAUCCCCUUUCCGCUGACACAUGCUAGAUAAAUAUGAACUUGCUUGAUUGUGCAAUCAAGUUCUGAGUUUGCAACGGCUGUGAAUUGAGCAAUGAGAACAGAAACAACACAAGACUUCUACUAAAAACAUAAAUGAAACUUGCAGCUGCAUCCUCCUCCAUACAUGCUGUGUGUGGGCAUGUUGUGAACACCAGACAAACCUUCAUCUGGUGCAUCUGUUCGCUAUGAAAAUCUGCUUAAAGUUGUGGAGUUUGGACAUAUUUGAAUUCAGACGCUCAGACGAUCUUAAAGUGAAGUUAGAUUCACUUGCCAUAGAGAACUUUUCAUAAUUCUUCUAUUCAAGUCAAUUCAAUUCAUUUCAGCCUCAAAAUGCUGAUGCAGGAGAUGCUUGUAGGUCAAAGCCUUGUAUUGGCUGUAACUCCUUUUUUAAAUGUUAAUAAAAACUGACUAAUUUUGACUUUUCCCUCUCAGGUCAGCAUCUCCUCUGUGGGCUACGGGGAUGUCGUUCCUGUAACCGUUCUGGGCCGUUUUGUAGCCUUCGGUUGUAUCUCCUUUGGUAUCAUCCUCAACGGCAUGCCAAUCUCUUUCCUCUUCAACAAGUUUUCUGAUUAUUAUUCCAAGCUCAAAGCGCAGGAGUACAACACCAUCUUAGUGCAGCGGAGGUUUCACCUGAAGAAGCGCCUUCGACGUAAAAUGGACAUGUGUUUUCAUCCUCAUGAGGAAGAAGAAAGUCCUGCAGAGUGUCCACCCAGUGAAUCCUGA